AUGCCACGAUUACUUUACUCUAUCAUAUUGGUGAUCAAUUUGACCGUGUAUGCACAUAAAUGUCGGAUAGUAAAACACCCUGAUCAAAUAAUUGCAGACUGCACCAGACUAAAAUUAAGAGAUGUUCCGACAGAUUUACCGCUGCACAUAUCAGGUCUAGAUCUGAGCUACAAUCAAAUUUCAAUGAUAAAAAACAAUACCUUCUCUUCUUUUUCUAACUUGAAGACAUUAACAAUAGAUUCAAACAAUAUUCAUACUUUAUACAGUGAUGUCUUUAAAGGAUUGGAAAAUUUACGAUGGCUUUCAAUGCAGCAUAAUCAACUUAACAUAUUUACAAAAAUAUUUGACAUUGUUAUUAGACCUUUAUUACAUAUGCAACAUUUAGACAUUAGAUACAAUAUAAAUAAAACGUUAGAUAUACCAAAGCCAAUGAUAUAUCCUUACUUUGGACACGUGUUAAAUUUAACCAAUCUAUAUAUGGAUCUUGCGCAAACACCUGUAUUUAAGUUAAGUGGAUUCGCAAAACUGUCGCAACUAAAAACAAUAAAGUUUGCACGAUGCUAUUUAAAACAGAUGUCUAAUGACACCUUUGUAAAUUUACCAUCAACCAUUACUGCAAUCUUCUUUCACGAUUGUGUCGGUAAAAUAUCGAGUGUAGAGGCAGACUUUUUGAAGCCGUUCCCAUCACUUAUGAUAUUGAAUAUGAAUAGAGUAGCUAUACAAUUAGGAGAUGCGUUACAACUCUUAUAUCCUUUCAAGAAUACAAGAAUGACCUCGAUUAUAUUCAAACAAAUCAGACCUCAGUUUCCUAAACCUGUUUUCAUAACUCGUGUUAUGAUUAAUUACUUGAUGCAUAUUUGUGUAAAAACUUUAGUUUUAGCAGAAUGUGAAAUUGUAGGUUAUGAGCAAAGAUCUCUACUUGCACUGAAAUUUCCAGAAUGUUUAAAGAAUUUUGUACUCUCAGGCAAUAGAUUUUCAAUAGCCCUAGGACCCCAUGCACCGGAAUUGCUAAUCAUUAUGAGAAGAGUUAUCAAUUUGAAAUAUUUUGACUGGUCGUAUAAUGCAAUCAACUAUAAUAUUAUUGAUUACUGCAACAUAGACGUGCUGGAAAAUGCUGCAUAUGCAAAGGAAAUUUAUAGAGAAGGAUGCCAAAUAAAUUCCGCAGCCACAAAUGAAUAUAAAAACUACAACAACUCAAUGUUAGAACAAUCUUCAAUGGUUGAUGAAUAUAAAUUUACAAUUUAUUUUCCGGGUAAUCUUACUUUCCUUCGUGUUUCCCAUUACAUAACAUCAUAUGUCUUAUACCCACUAAAAAUAUUUGUUGCCAAGGCUGAUAAUCUAAGAUAUGUAGAUUUCUCAUACUGGCAGAUAACGCAGUUUCCUGUAAUAUAUUCCGAGACUCCUUUUAAUGUUAAGUAUUUGGACAUUUCUGGACUUAACUCGACAAUACUUAUUCAUGAGACGUCCAUACCGGUUUUUAAAAAUGUCCAAACAGCUAUUUUAAAAAAUGCUAUGCUUGGGCUAACGACUGGAAAAACAGGUAGAAUAUUCAAAUUAUUUCCGGCCGUGGAAAAACUUGAUAUAUCUUACAACAACUUAUGGUAUCUAGAUGAAGAUGCCUUUGAAACGAACUUAAAUUUGUCAAUUAUCAAUAUAGCACACAAUUUACUGCAAGCCAUACCAAUAGCUGUGAUGAAUUUACCUUACUUAAGUAAAUUGGAUUUAAGCUUCAACCGCCUUCAAACAAUUAAUAAAACAUUUAGAGACUGGAUGGAUAAGAAAAGUAAAAAAUAUGAAGGAACAUUUAAUUUGUCGGUCGAAGGGAACAGUCUAGCAUGUACAUGCGAAACUUCGGACUUUAUAAGGUGGCUUUUCAGCACAAAUGUCGUUUUUGAUCGAAUCAAUAAAAAUUUCAGCUGCACAUUGUCAAAUGGAUCGGAAAGUAACACAAUGGAUGUCUACACACUAUUUCAUCAACAUUUUGGGGACUGCAAGAGUAAAAAUUGGUUGCGCCUUGGAAUAGGACUUCUUGUUGCAUUCGUCAUUUUCACUGUUCCACUUGCAAUACUUUUAAAUUUCCGAUGGAAAAUAACUUAUUGGAUAUAUCGUAACUUUCGGAGAGUCGUAGAACAUAGAUUAGAAAGAAAAUUCAAUUAUGAUAUUUACUUGUCAUUUGCAAACGACAUUUGUCAAUGGGUGCAUGAUGACUUCCUCCCAAAAGUAGAGUGUUCAUGGCACAUGAAAGUGUGCAUAGAGGACCGCGAUUUUCUGAUUGGAGUUGCGAAAGCAGAUGCAAUAGCAGAUGCUAUUUCUGGUAGUAAACAUGCAGUAUUUAUCCUUUCCGAGUCUUACAAAGACAACGAGUGGAACCAAUUUGAAAUCGAAAGAGUCAAAUUCGAAAAAUGCAGAAAUUACCUGCAGAAAAUAAUCAUUUUAGUCAAAGGAGCUACGGCCACAUGCGUUCCGCAUAACCUGGACGACGUUCUACAAAAUGUCACCAUAAUAGACUGGGCUGAUAACGAGACGGGCUGGGACAAAUUACGAAUGGCAUUGUUUACUGAUUCUUUUCAAUUUUAGUUAAAGUAUUUUUCCAUACGCAAUUGAUUGAUUUAUUGAUCGUUGACUGUGCGUUAUUGAUAAACGAAAAUAAAGCCUCAAAAUACACUAAUCAUAAUAGAGUAUUAUAAAUACCGUCAACAAAAUCCAUACAGAGAACACGAGGACAGUAAAUUGCAUACUAUUAACUGAAAUAGUUUUGAGUUUGGGAAAUAUUAUAUGUCACCGUUUACUCGUCAACAGAGCAAACGAUUUACCGCUAUUAUUAAACAAAAUCACUACGAUAUAAUUGAAGGCUAUUAUCGAUAAGGAUUAUUU